AUGGAAAGCAGAGGAACUGCUCUUGAAGACUCGCUUGUGGAGAGUGAUGCUUUGGAGAACAGAAUCGUCAGGCCUCCAACGGCUGUUCAAAAGCUCCGUGGUCUUCUCACCAAGAAAGACAGCAUUCUGCUCUGUCCGGGAAUUUAUGAUGGACUCACGGCCAGAAUUGCCCUACAAACUGGGUUUGAUUGCUUAUACAUGUCUGGUGCAGGGACUGCAAUGUCGAGACUCGGAAUGCCGGAUCUGGGCAUUGCGACGCUGAAUGAUAUGAGUGAGAAUGCCGCCAUGAUUGCUAGUCUUGAUCGGAACACCCCACUGAUUGCUGAUGCCGACACUGGAUUUGGGGGUCCCUUAAUGGUUGGUCGAACCGUUGCCCAGUAUAUGACAGCGGGUGUCGCUGCUUUACAUCUCGAGGAUCAGGUUGUGAGCAAGCGGUGCGGUCAUUUGAAAAACAAAGAACUGGUAGAUGAAGAGGAAUACCUUUCUCGAAUCCGUGCCGCCGUCAUGGCACGAGAGCGGACACCCGGUGACAUUGUUCUGAUCGCACGUUCUGAUGCCUUGGACUCUCUAGGCUACGAUGCCUCAGUCUCCAGGUUGAAACAUGCUAUCUCCUUGGGAGCAGAUGUUGCAUUUCUUGAAGGCAUCAAGACAAAAGAGCAGGCAAUGCAGAUAUGCUCUGAUCUUGCACCUACUCCAGUAUUGUUAAACAUGGUUCAUGGAGGUGUCACUCCAAAAAUAUCUGCCGCCGAAGCCAAAGAAAUGGGAUUCAAAAUUAUGAUUUUCCCCGGCUUCGCUCUCAAAGCGGUGCAUGACGGGGUGGCAGCGGCGGCCAAGGAGCUUAAGGAGACUGGUGACAUGGCAUUUGAUCCCUCAAAAAAUGGAAGGCCUCAAGACAUCUUUAAUGUUUGCGGACUCAAGGAGUGUAUGGAGUUCGACAUGGCGGCGGGAGGACGAGGUUAUUUGGAAGGUGUUUAA